AUUUAUUUCAAAUACGUGGAGGCUGCAAAAGCAAAUCCCCAAAUAUAUAAAUUAACCAAUAUUACUAUAAUAAUCAGCAAUAUUGUAAUAAAACAAUGGGAUUGUGUAAGUGCCCUAAAAAACAAGUAACCAAUCAAUUUUGUUUCGAACACAGGGUGUGCGUUUGUGAAAAUUGUAUGGUCACAAAUCACCCAAUUUGUGUGGUACAAUCAUAUCUGCAAUGGCUGCAAGACAGCGACUAUAAUUCAAUUUGCGAACUUUGUUCGAAAGACUUAAAUGUGGAGGACAGUAUAAGAUUAACUUGUUAUCAUGUUUUCCACUGGUCUUGUCUCGACCAUUAUUCGAGGCAACUGCCGCCAACCACAGCUCCUAGAGGCUACACUUGCCCUUCUUGCAAGAGUCCUUUAUUUCCAGCCUCGAAUUUAAUUAGUCCUGUUGCUGAUGUUUUGAAGGAAAAAUUAGCAGGGGUUAAUUGGGCACGGGCUGGCUUAGGAUUACCAUUGUUAUCAGAAGAAAGAGAAGUAAAAUCAGUCCUAGUAAAUCACAUACAUACGCCAGUAUCUCCUCAAACUGCUCGGUCCACCCCAAGUCCAUCGCAUUCUGUAGUAAAUUUAGACGACCACGGAGCCUUUCAUAGAAUAGACAACUAUCAUGGAAUAUCUUCAAAUAGAAAAACUUUCCAGGACAUCAGGGAAGUGAAAUCCACACGGUUUGAUCACGACGAUGAUAAAUACAAGAGAAGGCCUGUGACCGAAUUGGUGGGCACCUGGUGGAAGAUUACUUUUGGUGCUCCUCUACGAGCAAGAGGAGGCAGAUCUAAAUUCAGAAAGUACUGCAUGUUUGGCACCUUAAUUAUUUUUAUUGUGUUGGCUUUUUUAUUUUUAAUGGCUCGCCUUGGACGUUAUUCAACUGAAAAUGAUCCUAAUUUUGAAGCUGUAAAUAAUCCGUUUGUCAAGGUGGAAGAAUCCCAUCAAUAAUCUACAUACUUAUAAGAUUAAAUUUAAUAUUUUAAAACUGUAUAUUAUUAUUUGUAUAAUUUUAAGAAAUAUUAUUAUAAUAAAAGUAAUUGUAUUAUUUUUGGCUCAAGUUUCAUUGAGAGCUUCCUCUGAAAUAACUAGUAAGAAUUUUAACCUAAAUAAACCACUAGACUCAUUAUGCUACAAUCGUAAAUCUUCCAAAAAUAUAUUUUUUGAAUCGAUGAAUGUAUCAUCAGUGUUGAGUUAGUAUCAAAUAAAUUGUGAAAUUUCAUUAUCCCCAUGAGAUAAAUAUUUAUGCUGCAUGAACAAAACAGUAAAGAGAUUUUGAAUGUUUUUCUUUGUAGUUGUUAAUCAUAGCAGGUUGUGAAAAUAAUGUUCAGAAAAAUUUGUUUGUGGUUAUAAGAAUGUUAAAAUUGUGAAGACUAAACUAAACUCAUUGAAAAUAAAUAUGUGAAGAUUUUUCUUAUUGAAUUUAAAGUUCAAAAGCAUAAUUAGGUACCUACUUAUUCAAUGCAAAAGCUCAA